UGGACGGCGCCUUAUUCAGAUUAUAAGACGCACUUGGUUGUAAUGUAUUUUAGGAGUGCGCCUUAUAAUCCGGUGUGUGUGUGACCACAUGUAUAUCACUUCAUUGACGCCGGGCACACGUAUGCGGUGCGUCUUACUUUCCGAAGCGUCUUAUAAUCCUGGAAUUAUCUCUCUUGUUUGUUUCUCGCCGGCACACUGAUAGAGGCGAAGCUGAAGAUGACGAUGGUCAUGAUUGAUGAUGAAGGUGCUGAUGCGUUCUUCUCGCGUUGUUGUGGUUUGUCCACACGCAAAUCGGGUCCUUACAGAGUUUCCCCCCGCCCCACCGCGUAAUCUUCUACGGGGGCAAUAGGAAAGGGAUUGUGCAUGUCAACCUAAUGAGCGGUGACAUCCUGCGGCCGUGUGGAGCAGCAACUGUAACAUCAUCAGCAGCUUAGGAGAGAUUAGAACGGGCAAACCACCCAGCGCCGUGCCCUCAGCCGCACACUCACCACCCCCAUCACCAUCCUCGCCCUCCACCGCCGCCACCAGCACCACCACCACCACCACUCUGAAACACCCACGUCAGCCACACCAUCAUCAGCGGCCACGCAAAUCCAGGCCACGCUGGACAGGAGGAAGGAAGUGACAGCGGUCGAACUGUCGGUCUGUCCGUCCCUCUCGCCGCACGCCUCCUGGUGCCGCGGGAGGUGGAGGAUUGAGGACUUUGUUCUUUUUUCCGUCACGAGGUUGAAGAGCGACGCUACGGGUUGGCCGCGUGCAUGUCUGAGCAGCGCGCCAUGCCACCUGGUUCUACAGAGCUGCACGCGCAGGCGUCCGUGGAUUCGUACAGCGGCCGCCAGGCGCUGCUGCAGGAGCUCGCCAAGUGCAAGGACAGAUCGACCCAGCAGGAAGAGGAGGAGCGAUACGCUCACGUCCAGCUCAACAACGCCAGGGAAAAGCCGGUCGCGUUCUCCGUGCGCACGAACCUGAGUUUUUAUGGCGCCAUCGUGGAGGACGUCCCCGCACCAGGACACGCGGUCUCCUUCGAGCCGCAGGACUUCCUGCACGUCACAGAGGCGAGACGCGGCACCCAGCUAUUGUCGAUCUAUCCGCCCACAAAGCUUAACCAUUCAUCGAUCCGUUCACCUAGAAGAUCUUAUCCCAUUCGUGCCUUCCCCUAUCUCCCUAUCCAUCCUUCCACCAAAUAUUUCAACCUAUCCAUCCAUUCACCGAUUCGCUAAUCUCGCCACCCAUUCAUCCACCCAUCCAUCCACCCACGUAUCCAUCCGUCCACUCACCCGUCUACCAAUACACCUACCCACCAAUACACCCAACCAUCUAUCCAUUCACUCAUCCAUCCACUCAACUAUCCAUUAAACAAAUUUAUCCAUCUACCCAUGCGUUCACCCAUUCACCCAUCCACCCAUCCACCUCUCCAUCCAUGAUGAUGAUAAUAUUAUUUGUAUGAUUACGCUACAGGUGAUGAUGGACGUGCAAGUAAUUGAUGGCUAUGUAUGUUAAACUUCUUUCAUACCGUACGUAGCCAACAGUGUUAAUCGGAGGUGCGGGGAAGGACGAUAAAAAAAAACACAAAAAGCAGUUCUGAAGAAAUUAACUUUAAAUCUAGCUUUGAAAGUAUAUAGCUCCAGUGUCUUUCUAAUAUUGGAAGGAAGAGCGUUCCAGAUGGCUGCAGAAGCGCAUCUGAAAGCGCGCGAUCGUCUUCAUUAUGAUGAUGAUACCGAAGUUGCCGGCGCUGUCGUUGUUCUGUCCGUCGCGAUGCAGAAGUACACGAACGAUUGGUGGAUCGGCCGCAUGGUGCGGGAAGAUGGCGAGCUGGGCUUCAUCCCGAGCCCCGGAAAACUCGCACAGAUCAAACUGGAGCAGGAGCAGCGAGCCCGGCACGCGCGCCUCUACCCUGGGUCAGCGAUCAUUAUCAUCAUCAGCAGCGAUCAUCAUCAUCAGCAGCAGCAGCGAUCAUCAUUAUCAUCAGGCCCAGACUGCUAAUAGGGCAGGCCAGGAAAACGAACUUUGGGUCGGUCCAUUCCGAGGGCCGGUGGGCCGGUCUGUAUGGGGAAAUUGCAAAUGUGAUCACAGUAUAUAUAUAAUGACCUCUAAUGUGUAUGCUUCAUUGCUUAUUCACGCUCUCUGUGGGCAUUAAGUCCCCAUAUGCGGCAGCCCGAAAGAUUCUUCCUCACCGGCCCAUUUGUUUUUUGGACCCAGCCCAAAUGGGACAAUGAGAUGGCAUGGCAAUUUUGGUCAGUGUGUUUACAAAUGCCUGGGCCGAUUUUUAGUCCUAGUCCGUCACUGGUCAUUAUCAUCGCCAUCAUCAAGCGCAGCUGCAUCACUGACACCAGUAACAUCACUCAGCAUCACCACCACGUGCCAUCGACGCGCAUGUGAGGUGUCUCCAUAUCUGUCGGAGUCACACGUCACCUGUACGUGUGUUGAACUUCUCUCGCACGGUACGCAGCCGUCCGUGUUAAUCGGCGGUGCGGGGGAAGGACAACAAACUAAACACAAAAAGCAGCUCUAAAGAAAUGAGCUGAUUGUCUCUCUGUAUCUGUCUGUCUUCGUGUUUCUCUCUUUGUGUUGCUGUGUCUCCCUCCCCACUGAGUGGUGGACGAUCACUACAUCCAACUCUCCUCUCCGUGUGUAAAUGUAUCUGCCCGUGUGUCUCCAUAUAUCUCUCUGCCUCUCUCCAUGUCUCUUCGUUCCAGCCUGUGUAUCCAUAUCUCUGUCUCUGUCCAUGUCUUUUUGUGUCUCUCAAUAUACUGUGCAUCUAUCUGUGGUGUCUCUCCAAGUAUAUCUAUCCAGGUUGCUCUCUCUCUCUUCUAUCGCCACGUCUCUGUGUAUCUCCCCACUCACACAUUUAGAUGGCUCUGUGGUCCAUCUCAACCUCCCCUACCCACCGCCCCCCAUCUCUUCACAACUCUCUGUGCCCCCACCCCGACCCCCCACUAGAUCUGCUGGCGCUUCCGGAGAGCCUGCACGCCCCCUACCCUUCCACAUGAAGCACAAACAGAAGCUGCUCGAGGGACAGCUGGCCUACGACGUGGUACCGUCCAUGCGGCCCGUGGUGUUCGUGGGGCCGUCGCUCAAGGGCUACCAGGUGACGGAUAUGAUGCAGAAAGCACUCUUCGACUUUCUGAAGCGCAGGUUUGACGGAAGGAUCAACAUCACGCGCGUGACCGCCGACAUCUCCCUGGCGAAGCGCUCGGUGAUGAACAACCCGAGCAAGCACGCCAUGCUGGUGGAGCGCUCCAACGCCAAGCCGGGCACGGGUGUGGCGCUCCAGCACGUGCUGGCCGAGGUGCAGGGCGAGGUGGAGCGAAUCUUCGAGCUGGCGCGCACCCUGCAGCUCGUGGUGUUGGACGCGGACAGCAUCAACCACCCCACCCAGCUGGCACACACCAACCUUGCGCCCAUCAUCGUCUAUAUCAAGAUCUCCUCCCCGAUGGUUCUCACGAGGCUCAUCAAGGCGCAAGGAAAGUCGCAGAGGAAACACCUGGCCGUGCAGCUCGUGGCCGCCGAGAAGCUGUCCCAGUGUCCGACAAGCACGUUCGACGUUGUGCUCGAUCAGAACCAGCUGAGCGAGGCGAGCGAGCACCUGGCCGAGUUCCUCGAGUCCUACUGGAGGGCCACUCACCCCGACGGCCUCCUCCGCAGCGCCCCCAUGCCGACCACGCUCUCCUCGGCCUGCCCAGACACCUCGCUCCCGGCCGCCGCGCUCAAGGCGCUUAUCUUCUCUCGAACCACCACGAAGUCGGUGGAGGAGACCUGCAUGGGGGAGGGCGAGAGCGAAAGCCCCGGCGAGAAGGGGGCCCACGAGGAGGCCCCCCCACCCGCUCAGGCACCCGCGGACGGCGACGCCGGAGGUGGUGGGGACCCCCCCGAGCCGAACCCCUCGGCCGAGCAGGGAUCAGCGGGCGGCGAAGAGAGCGAGGAGGCCAGGGGCACGGAGGAGGGGGCCGAGGAGUCUCAGGGGAAGGCAGCGAAUGACGCAGAGGGGCAGCAGCAGAAUCAGAAUCAGCAGCAGCAGCAGCAGGAUUCACAGGGGCGGCAGGAGGAGGAGGAGGAGGCGAAGCCGCAGCAGCAGCAGCAGCAGCAGCAGAAGAGAAAGAAGAGAUUGACGCGUGCACAGUCGGGAUCGGUGGAUGAGGCUCAGUCGACGGAGGGGAAGAGCCGAAUCAGACGCAACGGGGACUGUGGCCAGCAGCAGCAACAGCAGCAACAGCAAGGUCAAGGCGACGCCUAGACACAGAGGAUGGUGGAGGAGGACGGGGUUCGAGAUCGCGUUGGAGCCGAGCGGAGAGGGCUUGCGCGCUGCUGACAAAAACAGAGGCCUGCUGUAGAGUUGGCGGGGUCGCGCAGGUGGCCGGGUGGCUCAGCGGUAAUGGCCGUGGCGAAGUGCUGUGUCCGGCACCAUCGAGUGUCCCGAGGAUAGAGUCCGGGAUUUUUAAACUGCGUUCGCGAGCGUAGUAGCGGUGAGCUGAUGGUCAACAGCCCUUAUCGCCAAUGAUGGCUUCACGGACCCCAUCGUCUGGAAUGAUCGUUUCACUUGAUGUUUAGGAUAGGCAGUGUGGUUCAUGCUGACCCAACCUGGCCAUUAUUUCACUACCCCCACCCCGCUUUAGAUGUCAAGGUUAGCUCGACUCGUGGGAUACAAGGAGUUACUGCUUUUCUGGUAGUUUGUACCCUAUUUUCUGGAUCAUAGUUUGAAGCAUGGGUUAAGUGGCGCGUCUUAUACUCCAGUAGGUGUGUGUGUGUGUGAGCAGAUGUGUACAACUGCAUUUGACACCGGGCACAAGUCGCAGUGUGUCUUACUUUCCAGAGCGUCUUACGUGAAUCUGGAGAAUGGGGCUUAAUCUCUCCUUGUUUGUUUCCAGCCUCCACGACACUUUUGUCUGGCUGCUGAACCAAGCAAGGGCCUUUGGAUUCAGCCACCGAGUGUCUAUGACCAUGAAAGAUGCAUCGAUACGUCAACUGUGAACACAAUACGUGCAUCGUCGAAUCGUGAGAAUGCUCUCCGCGUCGUGCAAAUCGCAUGUUAAUGUUCCAUAGAGGCCGAUGUAGCGAGCUCAACUACUGAAUGAGACUGCAUGAAAGGAAAAACAAUACACACGAGGGAGUGGAAACGAGAUAAACAACAAAAUAAAUGCACCGUGGCGAAUUGUUACGGGACUGUUGGAACGAUACCCAACGGGCGGGUUCGUAUUGAGCGACGGGUUCACAUCGCUGUACUGUCAAUGUUGCUGUCACGUGCGCACUCGUUUUGCUUAUAGUACUCUGUGCCGAUGCACGGUCGCUGUACAUGAAUCGGACAAUCUCUCCUCUCUCCAUCAUCCGCGGGUGGCGAAUCAGCCAACCGUGCUUGCUUGGAGCUUGGCGCAACGCACGCUGGCUCCCAUUGGCUGCUGCCCACGUGGCCGUCACGGGUAGCCAAGUCGCUCGGAGGCCACGUGGCGCCGCACGCGGUCGACUCGUCGUCGAGCGGUCAACGAUACCACACGGACGACGACUUCCUGCUCCGUUUUCUCCAACCGUUCUACGGCGGAAACAAUUCUCGUACAGCCCCAAGUGUGUGCGUGUGUGUGUUUUGCAUCGUCCUGUGAUCGGUGGUGUAGCGGUUAGCGCGCUGCGCUACGAACCUUGA